AGCAGUAAUCGAGCAGGAUGCCAGAACCCACAAAGACUGCGCCCAAGAAGGGCUCCAAGAAAGCCGUGACCAAGACCGCCGGCAAGGGAGGCAAGAAGAAGAGAAAGACCAGGAAGGAGAGCUACGCCAUCUACGUGUACAAGGUGUUGAAGCAGGUCCACCCCGACACUGGCAUCUCGUCCAAGGCCAUGAGCAUCAUGAACUCCUUUGUGAACGACAUCUUCGAGCGCAUUGCUGCCGAGGCGUCUCGCCUGGCUCACUACAACAAGCGCUCCACCAUCACCUCCCGGGAGAUCCAGACCGCCGUGCGUCUCCUGCUGCCCGGCGAGCUGGCCAAGCACGCCGUGUCGGAGGGCACCAAGGCCGUCACCAAGUACACCAGCUCCAAGUAAACGGUUCUGCUGUUCUACCCGCACCAACCCAACGGCUCUUCUCAGAGCCACACACUUCAUUUAAAGCGCAAACCGUUCCGCACU